AUUAGACGCCCAUUGAUAUUAGUAAAUAAAAGCUAGUUAAAAGUUAUAAAAGGAGGCUGUAGUUGAAUAUUAACACAUACCUACCUAUUACCUUUCGAGUACACUACUAGAUAAAAUUGGAAAAUGAUUAUUUUUGCAGUCAUUUUUUGUUCCGUUGUAAUAUAUGCACAGGCACAAGUUCCUGUGACUAAAUGUCCAACUGUAAAAGUAGUGAAAGGUUUUGAUCAGGAACAGUUGUUGGGUGACUGGUACGAACAAGCAAGAUACCCUAGUACACUGGAAGAUCACGCAAGAUGUGUUUAUACUAAUUAUUAUAAAAGUUCAAGUACUACAGCUGCACCUGAACCUACAGAUGCACCUGCAGAUAAUUCUAUAUUGAGCACCACCGAAUUUAUUAAUUCAGACACAAAUGAAUGGACCAUCCUAGAAGGAAAUGCAACAGCAGAUCCGUCUGAGCCUGCCAAAUUUAAUGUAACGUUCACUGAUCUAAAAUUAACUGUACCUUAUUGGAUUCUCGGAACAGACUAUUCAGGAUUUUUUGUGGGUUACUCUUGUUCUGUAAUAAAGAAUGUUACUGGAGUGAGUCUUUUCGUUCUAACAAGAAGUUUUGAACCAGUACAAAGUGCUAUAGAUGAUGCUAUCGCCGUUAUUAAAGCCAACAAACUUUCUACAGCUGAAUUAAGACAAACGGACCAAGAUGUAUGUGAUUAUUAAAUUAUAAAAUAUACUAAAUAUACGAAUUUUAGUUAUUACCGAAAACUCUGUUUUUUUUAUUAAUAAAAGAUGUUUUAAUAUA